AUGCCCGAUCCAUCGCCAAGAACCCCGCCCCCGGCAUCCCCUUCAGAGCACGACCAAGACCACGACCCGGACUCACCACACAACGACACCUCUGGCACCAACAAUGCGUCUGGCAAGAAGCGCAAGCUCAGCUCGGGGCGCACAUCACAGGCCUGCACACGAUGCCGCUCCCUCAAAAUGAAAUGUAUCGGGGCUAACGACCCACCAUGUCGUCGUUGUCGACGUACUGGAGCGAGCUGCGACUUCAUCCCCCGAGCCAAUGCUGCGCGGCCGUGGUCUCCAGGGCCGUACCCGUCGCACACCUGUACCGAGCUGUGGCGCAGCCAGGUCACGCAACGCUUGAAGCAACUUGAGGCUGCCAACGCCCGCUUUGAGGCUCUCUUCCAGCAGCUGGCCAAGAAUGGCACCAUCUCUGGUGUCCAACUGGGUCCUACGCCGACUGAUACGACGGACCCGCCUUCCCUGCCUUCUCUCGGGCUCAUCCGCGAGGAAGGCGAUGGCCGCACCGAGGGCGAGUACCAGGGAGUCCUCCAGGCCAUCGAGAGGCUCAAGGACGAGCUCCCCGCGCACAUCGCUGCGGAUGAGGCAUGGUCGCCCGGAGUUGUCUGCCCUAUCUGGGAGUCCGCCGACCUGGCGCGGCACCAGCCUGUCUACUUCAAGGCUUUCACCCGAGCUGUCGGCACGCUGGCCGUCCCCGACUGUCCUAUUCGCGGGACAUGCAUUCUCGGGGAAGACGGUCCGGUCAGCGCCAAGUUUGACGACGUUCUGGCGAUUAUUCUCGUCGGUCUUCUUGCGGUCGGCUGGGUCGACACGCUGGGCAUGUGGGUCAACACUGCUUAUCGACUUCUGCUGGACGGCACAGCUGAGGAGCGAGGGCGUCGGCAGUCUGAGUGGCGUGGGCUCUGGGAAGGCCUAAGGCACUCCUCGCUGCAUCUCAUCUGUCCGGCCCUACCGCGUUCGCCUCCCGACCCUCCUUUCUCCCCUGCCCGCUCGGGUUCGCCAACGAUGAACGCAGGUGCGCCGAUCGGUGAACUGCUUGAGAUCAUGCAGCGCCGCAUGCCGCGGUUCGUGGGUCGCGGUCUGCCCACAGUAUGGGAGACGGUGUGUCUGAACAACGAUCCCAAGCAGCGACACAUCACGGCGGAGCCGGACGACAUGGCUGCCAUCAGGUCGUGGGCCAUUGAGAUCGAUACCUGGUACUCGCGUUGCGCAGCGGACACGACGAACGCGUCGCUCUAUGUGCGCUCAAUCAUCUUGCUGAACUAUCACCUGCACAAGCUGUUCGUGUUCAGCAUUUUCUUCCCCCUUCUCGGCGUCGCCGCAACCGGUGCAUCAGAGCGCGAGCCUCUACUCGAGUCGUCCCGCGUCGUACUCAAGAUCGAAGCCAGCGGCUUCGAAGUCUGGUCAUCCUGGGACCUCGUCAUCAUCACGAACGCGUCCCUGAUCCUGCUGCAGGCGUGGGCUUCGGGCGCCGCAGACCAGGAGGACCUGAAUCUCAUCCAGAACCACCUAAACCUCCUCACGUGCACCCAGCAGGCGGCGCCUAGCCUCCGCCACAUGCUCGCAUCCCGCCUCGAGACAACCCUGCAGGAGGUGCGCACACCCGUCCGUGCCACUGUGCCCCUGCCUGCGACCAGUCCGCAGGAGACCAACGCCGCCAUGAACUCCAUGGUCAGCACCUGGUCGCAUAUCGGCCAACACCGCGAGGACCAGGAGCGCGGACAGGCGUACCCGCCUCGCCCGACGACGGUUUUCAUGCCGCAAGCGCCCGAUCUCGGUGGUCUCAUCCCCGACCUGCCGCCUUUCGACCUGAGCGACCCCACAGCCUUGACAGACUGGCCACCCUUCUUGCUCAACUUCUUCGGCGACCAGAAUGCCGCCGGACCGCAACCUCCACCUACCGCCGCCGGCCCACAGCCGCAGCAGAUGGCGUUCCAGCCUCCUCCGCAGCAGCCACACCAUGCCCCGCCGCACCAUCAGCCUCACCCUCAGCAUGCGCCGCAUCCCCAGUAG